AUGGAAGCGGUUGGCUGCCUGGCUGGAGGAUGGCCAUCCCUCUGUUGCCCCUCACGUUAUCAACCUGCUUACGUGCAGCAGGCUGUUGAUGUGUACUGCCAUCUUGGCCAGUUCCGAAGUUUUUCUGUGUUCCUGGGCUCAGGAUUGAUUCCCAACGAUUCCGCUAUUAAGAAUUUUGCGAGACCCCAUGUCCUUUGUAAGUGUGACCUCUGGUUGCGACCAGUUGCUCUAGAGAUUUUUCUGUGCCACUCGAGUCUUAUUGAAUUCGACAAAUUGGAUUUUUCUUGUAGGUCGGAGCACGUACGUUAUUGUUAUGAUAAUGAACUGCGCACUACUUACUUGGUAGCUCUUCCAUAUAGAGAUUAUUGUCGCAUCACUUUCUGUGUUUGUAACAUCAGCGAUACAAAUUGGGAGGUGUCGAAAUUGAGGCGUGUGACCUUUGUGCCCAUGAUUUUAGGUUCAGCAGCUCCUUGGAAUGCACAAGGGGUUAUUUACAGGGUUGGCAGUGUUGUGAGAAACUUGAAACAGGACGAUGAUAUCAAGAGAGAAGGAAAUUACAGCAAUCUACUGUCAUGCGAGGAUGCACGCAGUGAGGAAGUGAAUGGAGACUCUUUGGCUUAUGAUGGUCAAUCCAGUGUAUCUGCUGUAAAUGCAGAUUCUGAUCCAUCUUCUCAUCCUUGUCUCAAAGAUCGUGACAUUAAGGAAUAUGCGGAUACUCUAAAUGCUAAAGAUGAGAGCAUUAAAGGUAUUUAUAUUCAGGACAUGCCAGUUGCUGGCCGUAGCGAUAAUAAAACCAGCUUGGAUUCUUGUCUAGAUUCCGAGGAUCGGGGUUGGAGGGAUGCUGUAGUACAAGGGAUUGGGCAUCUCAAUGGCGCACUGCAAUCACCGCCUGAAGUUGGGAAGGGUGAUGAAGCUCCUUUGGAGUCUGACAGAACUACGAGACGGGAAAUGGAUAAGAAGGAUGACUUUGUAGAUGAUGAUGUUGUAAACAUAACACGGAUCCCCGUCCCAAGGCAGACCUACAUUGCUGUAUCCAAAGUGGAGCUAGUCUCUAGUCUCGUAACUUUGUUUCCCUCAUCCAAAGAUGUCUCGAUGCUUCUCGAAAUUUUUGCAUGCUUGGAGUCCGUCAUCCAUGCGGAGCAUAAGAGCGUACUUGAAGAGCUCCGCAUGGACUAUCGGCUUGCUCAUUCAGACGUUGCCGACAAGAAGCCUUCGACGUCAGAACUAGAUUCAAGUAACGUUGAUAGGCAGGGAACACAUUUCUUAGAGUGGGACCCCAAGGAAUGGUGGAGAAGGAUAUCAGAGAAAGUCACGGGUUCACAGAAGAAUAUAAGUGAAGUCGAUGGCGUACUUGGAGCAGUUGACAGCUCUAAUGAGAACGGUCGGCCAACGUCAGAGAGCAGUGACAGCCUCGUACAAGAAGUUAUCGAAACUCAGCGAGAGAAAGCAACAGUUAGAUUUCAGCGCCACUUUAUGCGGGUGCUUCGGAGUGCACAGUUUAAAGGCCUAUCUGUGAACGAUCUGAAACUUACUGCAGCUCUUAACUCGGACUAUCUCCUCACUUUACCUAUCGACGUUGAUUGGAAUUCCGCUUCAUCUGCGGAUGCUCUCCUUUUCCGCAGAGGUUAUGCCACAGAGCGUCAACAGGGUUUUCUUUUUGGUGCGAAAUUAGAUUAUAUCCAGUCAGUUAUUCUCUCCAAUAUCUUCAAUGGCUUGACAGGUCCGUUAUUUAUAGCUGGCCGUUGGUGCAUAGAGAAAUGGGAAUCGCUAGAAAAGGAUGAAGAAGGACGGGCGUUAACAGAGCGUAUCGAGCGAUGGCUAGAAGAGCCACUCCAACGAGCAGCCAACUUCAAAGCAACCCGUAGUUCAAGUGACGAUGAAAGCUCAGAUUCAGAUGUUGAGGAAGGGCUUGAAAUAUGGAAAGCUGCAAGACAAGCUGUUCCUCGCUACGAGGCAGUGCUCUCAUCAGCUGGAUCAAGGGGUCUCUUACUUCGGCGUAUUCUUGUUCGGAUGGGCAUUCUACCCCCUGCCAGUCCAAGAAUUCCAGAUGCACUUUAUCAGUUGGACCAAUCUACACUGGAGCCAUAUAUGAGGCCCAAGAUGCUAGCAAGGGUUUCAAUGCGGGACAUAUGGCGUCCAGCAUCGAAAGAAGUAUGUGGGAACAACCCUUGGAAACAAAUUCGAGCUGCAUUCUCAGUCUUUUUCUCCCGUUCCACACUGCAAGAACCGGCUUAUCAAGAGUUGGUACUUCUUUACAAUAAGUCGAAGAGCGAGCAAGAGGAUGAUGAUGGGUGGCCUAGCCUGCAACUUCACACCUACAGAAAGAUCCCAGUUCCGGAUCUCAAGGUUGUAUUUCCUAACAAGAAGCUCUCUUUCCGGUUGAUUGACACUGUCAGGCUGGAUUUGGCCUCGAUUGCUGGACUCGUGGCAUUUCUUGUGAGUCAUAAGUUUGACGACCUUUUAAGCUCCCCGUCAGCCUUUAUACUGGACCUGAUUGCAAGUGUAUCCUUGAUCAUAUAUGUCACUCGAGUUACUCUGGGAUACAAGCAAACGGCAGACCGAUAUCAACUACUCGUAAACAAAGCACUGUACGAGAAGACAUUAGCUAGCGGUUUUGGUGUUGUGCACUUUCUACUAGACGCCUCUGAGGACCAAUUGUUCAAGGGUGCAAUCCUUGUUUAUACCCUGCUGCUUCUUGAGGGGAGAUCGCAAAGUAUGUCCAACCGGGAAAUCGCCAAACUAUGUGAACGAUAUUUGUACAAUAACUUUAAGGAGCAAGUGGAAAUGCCUAUGCACGAAAUCAUGGGCAUCCUCGUCCGCCUGGGUCUCGUUGAAGAAGACUCUACCGACUCUUGCACUUACGUCUCAGCGCUUCCAGAUGGCAAGGCCGUUGCUGCGUUAAAACAGCAGUGGCUUUCCCUUAUAUCAAAGCAGUCAAUUUGGAGUGUACGCUAACGAAUCUGGUGCUCAUCUCUUAGUCGGCUGUAAUAUCAUCCCAUCGGUAACCUUCUAAUGUUACAGUGUAAUAGACCAUCACCAAUGUGCCGCUUAUUCUUUUGUCAUAUCAUGUUUACAUGUCUCACCCUUUUUUAGUUUAGUGACCAUUGUAGAUAUUGAACUAGAAAGCUGUUCAUGCCUGGAGACUAACGCUGAAAAUUAUGUUCACAAUCUGUUUUUUACAGUUCCUGUUAUUCUUGGCAAUGCCGCUCUCCUGCAUGUGGUGGUUUCUGCAGAUUUUAUGCACCCGGAUGGCGCUAGCUGGUGAGAUAAAAGAUAUUUCUGUUGAAUGCAACACCUUUGAUGGAGUCCUUCCGUUUCAGUCCUCAACCAACCCUUUGGUUUACUUGAACGUUUUCUUUAGUGCUAGGAUCUUUCACUUAAUUUUAAACCCCUUACGAGAUGCUCACAUUUGUGCAUAGACCCUAACUUUCCAAUGACGUAGAAAUCUUUUUAGAAGGAAGUGCAUUGAUGGCCUCUUGAUGUACAAGAGCUUUCCUUUUGAUGUCACAAACAAAGAUGACGUUGGUAA